UGACCCGGAAGUACUUAGUUAUUCUUUCCUGCUUCACAGUGGUACCUUGUAGCGCUUUGAAGGUGAAGCUCAAUCGCCUGUCUCACCGCUGCAGCCUACCGGCGAGGUACUGAACAAGAACGACUGUCUCCUCUUCUCUGUACCGGGAUCCGUUAUAAUCAUGUCUAUAUUCGCCGAAGUACCUCAAGCCCCUCCAGUGGCCGUUUUUAAACUGACUGCCGAUUUCAGAGAGGACACUCACGCGCAGAAGGUGAAUUUGGGAGUCGGAGCCUACCGUACAGAUGACUGUCUACCGUGGGUCCUGCCCGUAGUGAAGAAGGUAGAGCAGAUGAUAGUGGAGGACAACAGUCUGAACCACGAGUAUCUUCCCAUCCUGGGUCUCCCUGAGCUCCGCUCUGCUGCCUCCAAGGUGGCCCUGGGCGAUGACAGCCCCGCCAUCAAGGACGGGAGGGUGGGAGCGGUCCAGGCGUUGGGAGGUACCGGUGCGUUGAGGAUCGGGGCGGAGUUUCUGAGGCGCUGGUACAACGGCACCAACAACACGGCCACGCCCGUCUACGUCUCCGCGCCAACCUGGGAGAACCACAAUGCAGUGUUUUCUGAUGCUGGGUUUAAAGACAUCCGCCCCUACCACUACUGGGACGGAGAAAAGAAAGGCCUGGACGUGACCGGUAUAAUGGAUGACCUGGAGAACGCUCCAGAACAUUCUAUCUUUGUGCUCCAUGCCUGUGCCCACAACCCCACGGGGACAGACCCCACACCUGACGAAUGGAAGACGAUCUCUGAGGUCAUGAAGAGGAGGAAGCUGUUUGUGUUCUUUGACUCAGCCUACCAGGGUUUUGCAUCAGGCAGUCUGGAUAAAGAUGCCUGGGCCAUCCGCUACUUUGUCUCUGAAGGAUUUGAGCUGCUCUGUGCCCAGUCCUUCUCCAAGAACUUUGGCCUCUACAAUGAGCGUGUUGGUAACCUGACGGUAGUGGCCCAGGAUAAAGACAACCUGGCCCGUGUUCUGUCCCAGAUGGAGAAGAUCGUCAGGACCACCUGGUCCAACCCUCCCUCCCAGGGGGCGCGCAUCGUAGCCAUCACACUCAACAACCCCGAUCUGUUCAUAGAAUGGAAGGGUAAUGUAAAGACCAUGGCUGACCGUGUAUUGUUGAUGAGAGACCAGUUGAAGGCUGUCCCACUCCCUUGCUCUGGGGGUACGCCUGGCACCUGGGACCACAUCACUCAGCAGAUCGGCAUGUUCAGCUUCACUGGACUGAACCCUAAGCAGGUGCAGUACAUGAUUAAGGAGAAGCAUGUCUACCUGAUGGCCAGCGGUCGUAUCAACAUGUGUGGCCUCACCUCCAAGAACAUCGACUAUGUCGCAGAGUCCAUCCAUGAGACAGUGUCCAAGGUCCAGUAAGGCCCCACCCUCCCUCCGCAUCCAGCUACUUUCUGCUUCCUGUCCACCACAGGAAGUACUGUUAAUUGUCACGUGUGGUCUCGUCAGGCACCCCCUUCUGUGACAACACACCCUUUCUCUAUAAGCAGUGCUUGAACCAUCUAUUGGUUGUACAUUUUAGAAGAGCGAUGAUAUGACACGUGUUCACAGCAAUCAAUGUUAAUGAUCAACAGUAUAACUGGUUUCUGUCCAUCUUCUCUCCUCCUCAGAUUACUGAGACAUCUUUAAACAAUCUGAACGCAGACCUCUAGUCGAAGUAUUUCACUCUUCUGGUGAUCGUUAUGUUGCCUUUUAUUUAUUUUAUUGUGCCAUUUCCGGUUUUGAACAUGUAUAAAAGAUGACUGUGUGCACUUUGGUUUUAAAAAAAUGUUUCAGAGCACUUGAAAGUGAAGCAUUGCCAGAAGUUGAGUGAAACGUUUGUGUAAAAUGAAUUGUACAUACGAGCCCCCAGACCUCCUAUCUACAGACAACCACAACGCUUCUGAACGUCUUUUAUAGAGAACUGGUUCCAUUUAACAAUCGCAACAUUCUAGAACGUGUGAAAUGGUGCAUUGUGGAUCAAAUGCUCUGUGAUGUCAUGUGACAGGCUUGAAAGGUUCUUUACAGUUCAUGCAUGUGCCUAUAGGUCAAACGUUACCAGGAAAUGCCCUCUGAUAGGGUGAUAUGACCUUUUCUCAACCUUUUGAGCAGCUAUAUGCAGAUAUGUCCUAUAGGAAAAGCACAUACCACCACUGUGGUAAUAGUUGAACCACUUAAAUGUCUGUGGCUUAGGUUCUGUGUUCGGUGUGUACUUGGUGUUAAGACUCCUAUUCAUAAUAAUGCUGCUUAUGAAGGAUUGUUUAACCUCUGCCUUUAACGGUGAUGUUUGUUUUGAUGUUUUGUUCACUGUACACAUACAGUUGGUCUUCCAACACACAGCCUCACGCCGUUAUAUUGACAUCCUGUCUGUACAUUUCAUACAGCUCAUAAUAAAUGAUGAAUCGUGUACUAAA